UACAAGCUGUACGCUCACUAUGUCACAUUGUAGCAAAGUGUAAUUUCUUCAGUGUUGUCACAUGAAAAGAUAUAAUAAAAUCUUUACAAAAAUGCAGGGGCGGACUGACAACUCAUGGGGCCCCCGGGCAAUAGGGAAUCAUGGGGCCCCUGUGUCCUUGCCCAAACUCAAAAAAGCCUAUGAAAAAGGUACCAGGGGUAUCUCAUGGGGCCCCCUACUGACCCCGGGCCCUCGGGCAGUACCCGAGUUUCCAAAUGGUCAGUCCACCCCUGGU